CCCACAGAACCCCCAAUUUCCUCCCGAUCAAGGUAAUAAAAUCCAUGCAAGGUCGCGCGGUUUGCUCCACCGACGACGAGACGGUUUUUGUUGAGGUGGUGCGUCUGGCGCCGCAUCCCAAGCACAAGAGGCGCGUUAUGAAGAAGAAGAAGAGGUUCCAGGCUCAUGACCUGGAUAACACUUUCAAUGUGGGUGACUUCGUCCAGCUUGAAGUGCAAACCCAUUAGCAAGACCAAGACUUCUCCGUCGGUGCCUAUUCCGAGCAGGAACGUAGGGAAGAAGAAGGAUGAGGAGGCCGGGGCCCUUAGGAUUCCAUUGGAGUCUCAACAGCAGCAAGAGCAGCAGGCUUAGCGGGAAUCUUCAUUAUGGUAAUUUGUGAUAUUCUGCAAAUGUUUUUAGUGUUUGCUGGUAAUCAUAUGUUCUGAGACUGCGUUUCAAUGUAAUUGCUGUUUGAUGGGUAUGAAUUAUGAAAUCCAUUGUGUUGAGAAAAAUCAAUUGGUGAAAAGGUA